AUGAAUGCUAACUCUAAAGAUGCAUUCUCGGCUUCCUUAUCAAAAUUUCAUCGAAAAAGUGUUCACUCUCAAAUGGCCAACACAAGUGGAUGCAAUUAACUGAAUGAUGGUCAAAAUAUUCCGCUUCCUGAGUUGAAGGUUAGAGGAUUGCAGAGUGCAAAAAUUAAAGCAUCCCCAAAAAGAUCCCCUCAUAUUUUAAAAUUUUAUGUACAUGAGGCUUAGUGUAUGCUAAAUGAUCCUAUUAAAAAAGCUAAUGUAGUAUACAGUUUUAUUUAUGGAUAUAGAGGAGAUAUGAGAACUAAUCUGAGUACGUAUUCGUGGACACUUACUUGGAUGCUUUGCAUGUGAUUGCACAGGAGGACAAAAGGUACAAGUAGGCGAAUGGACAAACAAUUCAAUCUGAUGAAUUUUCAGAACAACAAAUUUCAAUAAAUCCUUAACCUACUUUGCCUAACUUGCCUGCUUAAUUGAUAAGGGAAAGGAUGAGAGUUUAUGCAUAGAGUUAAUAAAAAGAACCUUAAUCUAGUAAGUUUUAAUAAUCGAUAUAAAAUAGUAGAGUCUCAAUUAGCUUAGAGGUAGCCCUAGAAAGUAAUAAAAACUGCAACCAGUCUGAUGACCAAAAAAAUAUUCCCAAACAAAUUAACUGUAUCUUUGUCAGUUCAUUAAGCUAUUCCCUCAAUUAAACAUAAAGUAAGUGCUAAAAGAUGGGUCAUGUUCACGAAACAAAAGAAUGAGAAAUGUUUUAAUAAAUCGAUUGGAUGGCAGGAGUUUCAAAAAGGGGAAAUGGCCAGUAUCACAAAAAUCAUGACUUGUUAUACCACAUUAACGUAUUUAAAAGAAUACAAUAUUGAGCCUGAUUAAAUUAAAAUAAAAAUUCCAGGCCAUGCUGAAUGCAUUGAUGGAACUAGUGCCUUUUUAAAUGCAGGAGGCAUAUUAACAAUCAAACAAUUGUUAUUCGCUCUUAUGUUGCCUUCUGGGAAUGAUGCAGCACUUGUCCUGAGUUUCACAAUAGCCUACUUGAUGAUAUUGCAAAAGACCGAGGUUUAUCAAUAUAAUAGACACUUGAAAGGCACCAUAAUCGACAUCGAGCCGCAAAUUGAAAGAAAUAAGAAGUUACUCAAACACACGUUUCUUGAUCAAAUGAACAAGCACGCGAGUUCGAUCAAGAUGGAGAAUACCAACUAUUCGUCUGUCCAUGGUUUGAAUGAUGAAAAGAAUGUCUCGUGUCCUCAUGAUAUAAGGUACUUGCUUGGUUCUAUAGAAACAAUAGUAAAUUGAUAGAGAGGUGCAUUUAGUUGGAUGUGUUCCUUGAAAUCAUUACGACAAAAAUAUUUAAGACUCAUGCUCUGACUGAUAAAGGAGGCAAGUCGACUUUGUACAAAUGGAAAAAUACGAAUAAGUUACUGAAGAAGUCUGGUUGGAUGGGAGUGAAGACUGGGGUUACUCCUAAUGCUGGACCUUGUUUCACAGGAUAUUACAAGAAUGAUAAUUUGGAGGCGAUAAUUGUUGUUUUAAAUUGUUCUUCGAUGAACUAAAGAUUUAGAGAUGCAGAAGUAUUACUUGUCUCAGCAUUGAAAUGA